AUGAAACGUCGGAACAGUUUGUUUCUUCCAUCAAGAAGUGAUUUCGGGGAUACCGAAGGUGUCGAGAUUGCUACCGAGAUGGCGCCAAGUGAACCGCUCCAAUUAUCACGGGAGCUGAUUACCGAGCAUAUUAUCAUGUCUGAGUAUGCGAUGAUUUGCCGAGAUCCAAUAGAUGGUUUAUAUGCAGUACCGAGUGCUCGAAACAAGUUCGAAUGGUUCGGUUUGUUGUUUAUUCGACGGGGUGUCUAUGCUGGUGCUAUUAUUCGCUUCACUUUGCAUCUUCCCAUGGAUUUUCCAUCGGCGGAGUUACCGACAGUAGUUUUCGAUUUGGACGUGUUUCAUCCACAUGUUAAUCCAGCUACGCGAGAACUAGAUUUGAAAAAGUAUUUUGUUGACGGUUGGAAAUCUGAUCAGCAUCAUCUCUACCACAUUUUGCUUAUUGUACAGAGGACAUUUUUCACAUUUGAUUCAAACCCAGCGACAUGCGUUAACACCGAAGCAGCAACAUUACUUCGUGAUAACAGAGAAUUAUAUAGAUUACGUGCCAGCGAACUUAUUAAGAAAAGUCGGUCUGUUAUAUAUGAACCAGUUGACGUGGACGAUGCAAAUGCCAUUAGGCUUAUGCCAUGGGAUGCAUCCAUUCAUGAGCCAUUACGACAAAGGCUUAUAGGUGGACUAACUGACAGUCAAAUAAGUACGAUGUCAUUGCUAGGUUCGCUUGGUUGUGGCCUUAAUAAGUCUUCGGUAUUUGAGUCACGAGCUAAACGCGGGUUUUCUUGGAUUUCUCCAAACGAUUUAUGCUACAUGGUGGAACCACCGAGACCGACUGAACUUGAUUUGAUGAUAAUAUCAGAAGCGGAAAAUUGUACAAAGAAUACGGAACCAUUCCACGCUUCUUGUCCAGAUGAAUCAAAAGAUCAGAGCGUGACAAAUGGAAGCAUCAUUCCCUGUAUUUCCAAAUUGAAUUUAAAUGAUGAAAGCGACUUCAAGCAAAAAGAUGUGAAAGUGUCGCAAAAAGAAUCCAAAGGAAAUAACUUAGAUCUACUGAAAGGUACAUUGCAAGAAGAGGAUAGUAUUAAAGAUCUUAUUGCCAAGAACAACGAGAAGAUUGGUGGCCAAAUGGAGGAAACGCCUGAUGAGUGGCAAAAUAAAGAACAGGAAACAAAUGUGAAGCCAUUUUAUGAACUGGAAAAAUGUGCUUACAGAAGAAAUGAAUACAUAAAGGCUCAGCGAGCUAGUGACGUAUCAGAUGGAAAUGUUGUCCGAACUCGAUCAAGUUGGGAUAGUGAUGAAGUUGGAGAAAGUGAUAUAUGA